UCAAUCUUCUAUUGCAGUUAAUGGGAAGGGUAGACGGGCUUGAUGAUCCGCUGAUCAUCACCGAAGAGAAACUGAUUCAAUUCUCGUGGCUCAGACCAACUCGACGGACGUUCUUAGUUGUCCGUCCUUGGGAUCAUCAUCUCCUCGAGCUGCCUGACUUCGCAGACUCGGACGAUGCAGAAUGCUUGGGAGGCUGGUCUGAGCUCGAGUCCUUUGACGGCUCGCCUGGAGAAGAGGAGUUGACCGAUUCGGAAUCUUACUCACAGGCAUUGCGAUUGAUCGCUUGCCUCGGACAGCUGUUUGGCGCAUCUUUGCUAACCCGGCAGCGCAGUGGGGUAUACAAGAGGAUCGCAUCGGAUCACGAUAUCAUUGCACAAAUCAAAGAUAUGACAUCUGUGCACGGCAUGACGGACAUUAGGACGCUAUAAAUAUUGUAAUUGUGUAUGUCUUUUUUUGAACAUCAGAUAAAGUCUCCAGCUUCAUGUUACGUUGUCUACUUAUGACUUGAUGGGGAAGCCGAUUUUCCAGUUGAACGUUGAACUCCCACUUUUGAUCAAGC